CAACCUCACACUAAAAAAAGGGGAAAAAAAGGAAAAGGCUUUGAAAAAGCAUAUCCCUGAUCGUGCGUAUGUGAACCGCCUCUGAGCAGUUGAGCGAGAAUCUGCAGAGAGAGGGGGAGAGAGAGAGAGAGAGAGGGAUUGCAGUCGAUGGUGCGCGCCGUUGCUUCUCCUGCUCAAAACCCACAGCAGAGAUUGUCUGUCGUCGAGAUCAACGCUCUGAAAUUCCGCAUGGUUGCUGAUCGCUUAAAUAUCUUGCUGAGUUCUGGAGUUUCAUCGGCGGAGCUCUUCAAGCUCUGCCUCUCUCUCGCCAGAGGUAUUGAUUAUGCACUUUCAAAGAAUGAUACUCCACAGACAGCUUUUCAAUUACCACCACUUGUUAAACGGGUGUACCAGCAUAGAAAUGAUGCUACCCUUCAAUCAGCUAUUGCAUUGCUCAUGAUUGCUGUCAAAAGUGCUUGUCAGAGUAGGUGGUUUCCUAAUGCAGAUAGCGAUGAACUACUAAAAAUGGCAAAUGAGUUACUUGGCAGCUUCUGUAGCGGAAUCAAAAUCACCACUGAAGCGGACAUUGCACGAAAUACUAUUUUGAAGAUUAUUCCUAGGUUUUGUCCGCAGUUAAGGCUAGGUCAGCUGCUUGUUUCUUUUGAAGUGAAGCCUGGUUAUGGAGUUUUGAUGUCUGACUUUCAUAUUAAGCGGUCCACGGCUCAGGGAGAAUCCAUUAGGUUGUUUGUAGCUCAAACAAAUGAUCAAGAGACAUCAUCAUGUCUAGAAAACCCUCUGGAAGUGAGCUUCUUGGUGAAUGGAGUAGGCGUUGCAGGAAGGACUAACGUUUUCCUGGAUAAAGGGCCUCAACUGCCAACUGAUAUCACUAAAAUGCUCAAGCAUGGAACAAAUAUUAUCCAGGCAUCUGGGUACUUUAAGGCAGGUAGCUAUAUUAUAGCAGUAGCCUUUAUGAGCAAAGAAAUUGAUUUCCUUGGAUCAGAUCUGAAAGAAUAUGUCCAACCAGCUAUAACUGCAACAGAUACUGGAGAUCCUGAAAUAAUUGAAGGGUCAUCAAGAAUAUCGUUGAAUUGCCCAAUAAGCUUAAGUCGUAUACGAACGCCAGUUAAAGGGUAUCUUUGUAGACAUCAUCAGUGUUUUGAUUAUGACAACUUUCUGGAAAUUAAUUCAAAAAGGCCGUUGUGGCACUGCCCUUGUUGCAAUCAGCCUAGUAGCUUCAUAGACCUACGAAUUGACCAAAAUAUGGUGAAGAUACUGAAGGACAUGACAGUGGAUACUACUUAUGUAGUUAUUUCUGCUGAUGGAUUGUGGAAGGCUGUUCUUGAUCAUGAUCAGAGCGCAGUUAGCUUGCCCAAUGCAACACUUGUAGAGCAGACAGAUCAGGGUAAAGGGGAUGAGUCUAAUGGUAAACUACAGAAUGCAGUGGAUCUAACUAUGGAGGAAGAUGAAGGGGGUAAUAACAGCGAAGCAUAUGAAAUUGGGUACAGAAAAUCUUUAAAAAAGUUUCAGCCUACCCCUGUUCCUCAAUCUUCAUCUGUCUCACUUGGAUCAUCAGUAAUUGCUCCAACAUUAGAUAACCGAAGAGUUGGAACAUUAGAAUCUCUUAUCCCUACUUGUAUCCUCAAUCCUGCUAGCUUCAAUAUCGCCUGUAAUUUACCUCCUGUCUCUUAUCAAGCAAACCCUUCUACCAUUCAAGCACUUCCUACUAGUGCGGAAGCUUCUAUUUCAUCAGAAUGGGUUCAUUCAUAUCUAACGAAUUCUGAUUCGUGUACAAGUAGAGGUUUCCCCACUCUAUCUCAUCAAACAGUUUCUCCUCUAGCGAAUAUGGCAGGUGGUGGGAUUGAUAUGCAACAGAUCUCUAGUCCUUUGGACAUAAAUCCACCAGUCCAGCAAUUUCAUCCCAUGAUACAGAUUCAGGACCAAGGUUGCCAGCUUCCUUUCAUAUCAACAUUACAGCAGAUUCAGGGCCAAGGUUGCCAGUUUUCUUCCAUAUCAGCAUCACAGCGGUCAACCGAACUUUCAACAUCACCACAAAUCAGAGCGUUGUCACCCGUAGCCCUACAGAAUAUAAGUGUCUGUAACACCCCUCAACAUCCCGUUAACAUUAGAGGAUGUACAAGUAGUACACACUCCCCUACUCAGAAUGUUGCUGGCAUUCCUUUACCCAACUUUGCAAAUCCCUACAUUCGAGUUUUAGCUUCUGAAAUAGUUGCAGGGAAUGGUAGAUUUCCAUCAGUUCAACCUCAUCCUUCAACAGUGCAAAAUAACUGGCAGCCAAUGGGAAGGAUGAGGGGUAGUCUGAGUGGUAAUGAAUAUUCUGCUGCAAUUAACCGAUAUGUACUUAAUCCGUCCCUAAACUCUGUUGCUACAUCUGAAGAGUCUCUAGCAUCCAAUAAUUCUAACACUCCAAAUUUGCAUAGUUCCUCGGUCUGGCUUCCUCCCUGGAGCAAUCUCGGAUCUGAGGAGAGGACGAGGGCGGAAAAAGUCAUUUUCAGUUUCCCGCUGUUUGAAGCUUGAUGUUGAGAAGUGAGAGAACGCAAAUAGGUCUUCUGCAUAUGAGAUAGAUUGGGGGGGUAUAUGGUCAAAAUACAGGGAAAUCAAUGUUUACUAUGCUCUGGACGGUAAAUUUUGUCAAAUAUACGUAUAUAUUGCAGCAGAACUAAAGAGUUUUAUCCGUUUUGUUUUGGGUGUCUAUAUGUAUAAGUUACAGACCAAAGCUCUAUUUUGUCUUUGUACAUAAUUCCACAACAUGCAAAUUUAA